AUGGCUAGCAUCAGGCUUCUAACGCCAAGUGUGAGGCCAUGUUUUCCGUGCAGGAAGUCGGCGUGGGGCCGUAGGACCUUUGCCACCAUCACAGAUGGCCCGCGACCCUUUGAUGUCGUGGUCAUUGGGGGUGGACAUGCUGGCUCGGAAGCGUGUGCUGCAGCCUCUCGGGCCGGUGCUCGAACGGCACUCGUCACGCCCUCCCGUUCUAAUAUCGGCGUUUGCUCAUGCAACCCAAGUUUCGGCGGGAUCGGAAAGGGAACGAUGAUUCGGGAGAUCGACGCUUUAGACGGUGUUGCGGGAAGGGUUGUGGACAAGGCUGGGAUUCAGUUUCGAAUGCUGAAUAGAUCCAAGGGCCCGGCCGUCUGGGGCCCGCGGGCGCAAAUUGAUCGUGAUUUAUACAAAAGAUUCAUGCUCGAUGAACUAUCCAACUACCCUGGGUUAAGCAUUGUGGAAGGAAAAGUGGCCGACAUUAUCGUCUCGAAGGAUGGCCUAGACAGCUUUCCUGGCGCCAAGGGCAAGAUUGUCGGAGUGAAGCUAGAAUCAGGGGAGAUCAUACCUACCGGACGGGUGGUAAUUACAACGGGAACGUUUCUUGGAGGUGAAAUUCACAUUGGCCUCAAAGUCUUCCCGUCUGGUCGAAUGGGAGAAGCGGCGACCUUUGGGCUGAGCAAGUCGCUGCGGGACGCGGGCUUUCAGCUUGGACGCUUGAAGACCGGAACACCACCUCGGCUGGACGGAAAGACCAUCGAUUUUUCUGCUCUCGAGGUUCAACCUGGUGAUUCUCCUCCAAGCCCUUUCUCUUAUCUCAAUGACACGGUGGCUGUGGGCGACGAAGGCCAGCUAUCCUGCUGGUCGACUUAUACGAACGAGAACGCCCAUGAGAUUGUGCGACAGAAUUUGCAUAAUUCGGUACAUAUCCGCGAGACGGUUAAGGGUCCCCGAUACUGUCCCUCCUUGGAGUCCAAGAUAAUACGGUUCCAAGAUAAAUCGAGACAUAUGAUCUGGCUUGAGCCUGAAGGGUUUGCCCCCAACGACGUGAUAUAUCCCAAUGGUAUCUCUAUGACGAUUCCAGCCGAUGCGCAGUACGAAAUGCUUCGGACGAUACAAGGCCUAGAGAACGUCAAGAUGCUUCAGCCGGGCUACGGGGUGGAGUACGACUACGUUGACCCUCGAUCCCUGCGACCUACUCUCGAGACAAAACUUAUAGGCGGCCUCUACCUUGCUGGCCAGAUUAAUGGUACAACGGGCUACGAAGAAGCAGCAGGGCAGGGCAUUCUAGCUGGGAUCAAUGCCGGUCUAGCCUCUCAAUCCAAGCCUCCCAUGACCCUUUCCCGUUCUGACGGCUUCAUUGGCAUCAUGGUAGACGACCUGAUAACGAAAGGCGUCACAGAACCAUACCGCAUGUUUACAACUCGCAGUGAAUAUCGCAUCUCUACCCGAUCUGACAAUGCCGAUCUGCGGCUCACCGAAAAGGGACGUGCAGCAGGAGUGAUUUCCGAUACACGUUGGGAACAUUUCAGUGAUACUAAAAACGAGUUGACUGAGUUACAGACGCUGCUCGAAAACACCAAAUACCCUUCGUCGAUGUGGUCUAGGAAGGGCUUUCAGGUUCAUAUGGAUUCGAGUCUACGCUCCGCAUUUGAUCUUCUGUGUCUGAGCAACGCGGAUAUCAACAACAUUAUUCCCCAUAUCAAUUCCCCAAGUGGCAUAGCUUACACCCCUAACUCGUUCAGCCCCAAGAUCAAGGCCCGUCUUACGAUCGAAGGGAUUUAUGCUCCGCAUGUCAAACGACAAGCGAACAGUGCGCGACUCUUCGCUCGUGACGAGGCUCUCCUUCUCCCGUCUGAGCUAGAUUACUCUAAGGUCCACGGUUUGAGCAGUGAGGAACGCCAUGCGCUAGAGAAAGUACGGCCUGAGAGCGUGGGCAUGGCCCGGCGCAUCGAAGGUGUUACCCCCACAGGCGCUCUUCGACUCCUCAUGUAUGUGCGCAAAAGUGGUGUUUGGGGAAGCAGGGAAGACGCCAAAGUGGAAGGCAGUGGGUGA